AUGAGAUCGCAUGAAACAACGGAAAGAACAGAAAGUGCUUUAAGAGAAGCAAUUUUAGAUGUUGCUUAUUAUUUAAGAAGAUUUAAAUUCAACGGUUACGAUCCUAGAUAUUUGAAAGAAACAAAUCCCCCAGAAAAAACAAUUUUUAUUGAGUUUCCGAAUCCCCCGUUGAAAAACAUUCAGUGGGAGGUUAAAAAAUAUUGCGAGUCGUCUUUUUAUGAGUGCGUUAUGUAUUUACAAGAAAAAAUUAAUAAAGCCAUUCUUUCGAGGCAUUUAGACAGUAUGACAUUAAUAAAGGAAAACAAUUGGUCCAUUGAUAAAGAUUUAGAUUAUAUAAAAGCAGCUGACGUAGAAUGCGUCAAACUUCUCGGCCUGGACGAAUCCAGUUUCACGCUAUUUGCGAAUCCCAUUCAAAAAUUUCAAUGGAUGAUUUCUGCUUUGUACUACAUGUGUUUUUACACAAUGAAAGAAAUUCAAUACCUUAAAUUCUUUCACGAUAGCUGUGAUAAUUAUGGGUCUUGCUUAGACUGGAAUUUCGGAUUACACAAUAAUGAUAUUAGAGGGAACGAUAACGUUCCAUUUUCCUGCGCUUUAUAUUCCUUUUGCCCGGAUCCCUGUUGCCCUCUAAAACAUUUAAGAGAGUCAGAAUCUUGUUUUUUAUAUAGUCCUUGUUUAAGGACUUCUGGAUCUGAAAAAAAUUGCCAAUUUUUAAGAGAAAAUAAUAAUUAUUUUGAUUCUCUUAUUUUAAACAAUUGGAAUGUUUCUUGUAGUUGCGAACAGAGCGGAUUUCGUUGGGAUUCAAAAUCUGGGAUUUGCGUAGACAUUGACGAGUGCUUAGAAAACGAAUCGAUAUGCAACACUCCGUUUGAAAUGUGUAAAAAUUUUCCGGGAUAUUAUAAAUGCAUUUGUAAUCCACUGGGAUAUAGAGAAAAUAUCGAAACUAAAAAAUGCGAAUACGAUUCAAUAACGCAAAAAAUAUUGUAUCCCGCUAAUUAUUUUAAAAUGUACACCGUUGCUGAUGAUGAAUUUCCGAAUGAAAAUUUUGAUUUACUAAAUAAAUUUAAAAAUGUCAUUUCCGAUUGCGUAUUCAAUGAAAAUUUUUCAUUUGUGUAA